ACCAACAACAAAAUAUUCUCUCUCCCGCACUCUACAUUGUCACUUACUAGAGAGAGUUACCCUCUAACAAUGGCUCAUCCACUUCUCUUGAUAGCAACCGUCAUUCUCGCCCCCGCAAUCAUAACCGUCAACGGAUGCUCACCGUCAGACAAGGCGUCGCUUCUAGCAUUCAAGGCAGCCCUGAGCGAGCCCUAUCUCGGCAUCUUCAAAACAUGGUCCGGCGAUAACUGCUGCCUGAACUGGUACGGCGUGAGCUGCGACGCCACCGCCGGCCGCGUCUCGGACAUCAACCUCCGCGGCGAGUCUGAGGACCCGAUCUUCGAGAAGGCCGGUCGCUCCGGCUACAUGACCGGAAAAAUCUCGCCGGAGAUCUGCAAGCUGGACCACCUCACCACCCUCGUCGUUGCUGACUGGAAGGCCAUCUCCGGCGAGAUCCCUCCCUGCAUCACCUCCCUCUCCAACCUCCGCAUUCUCGACCUCAUCGGAAACAGAAUCUCCGGCGAGAUUCCCGCCGAUAUCGGAAAAUUGCAGCGUCUAACAGUCCUCAACCUCGCCGACAACACAAUCUCCGGCAAGAUUCCGGCGUCAAUCGUCAACCUCGCUUCUCUCAAGCAUCUCGACCUUAGCAACAACCAGCUCACCGGCCAAAUUCCCAAUGACAUUGGAAAACUCGCCAUGAUGAGCCGGGCGUUAAUGAGCCGAAACCAACUCACUGGUCCAAUUCCCAGUUCGAUUGCAUCAAUUUACCGCCUCGCUGACUUGGACUUGUCCGGAAACCGACUAUCCGGUUCAAUUCCAUCCGGUUUAGGACAAAUGCCGGUUCUUUCAAUUUUGAAUUUGGAUAGCAACUCUUUCUCUGGUCAAAUACCUUCGAGUUUGUUAAGCAACCCGGGUAUGGGUAUUUUGAACUUGAGCCGAAACGGGUUCGAGGGUACCAUACCCGACGUUUUCGGUUCAAAAUCGUAUUUCAUGGUUUUGGAUUUGUCUUAUAAUAACUUGAAGGGUCGGGUACCUGCUUCGUUAUCUUCGGCUAAGUACAUUGGGCAUUUGGAUCUUAGCCAUAACCACUUGUGCGGAACUAUUCCUAUGGGUUCACCGUUUGAUCACCUUGAAGCGUCGUCGUUUAGUAACAACGAUUGUUUGUGCGGAAACCCGUUGAAGACUUGUUAGUAAUGAUGAUGGACGUGACCCGUAAUAAGUGUCUCGUUUUCUUUUGAUGAUUCUUAUUAAACAACGAUUAUAAUGAAGCCAAAGUGUGAUUAUUGAUGUUAUAGUUUGUUUCUUUUGUAUUUUUGGGCUUAAGUGAUGUAAUAUAAAUAUAAAAAAUAUAAUAUAAUCACGAAUAUUUUAAUAGUAAA